CCGAAUCGUAUUUACUGCACAUGCAAGAGCACUUGCUCGACAAAAAGAACAAGUACUGAAGUGUCAUGUGGGCAGGACUGUAAAUGUGGGUCUCAGUCAAAGCCGUGUCGAAACAAGGUAAUCUGUUCUCGAAAGGUUGACAAAAUGUUGGAUCUAUUGUUGAUUUUUAUACAAAUUUCUUGAAAGAGGUGCAAAUUUGCAAUCUUUGGAGAGAAAACGUUUGUUGUUUUAGCAAAGGAAAUGUGCUGUAAUCCCCACGAUCUGUCCUGCAGAAUUAUUAUGAGGUCCUGUACUGUGUUAAUAUAUUUUUGGAUAAAUGCUCACCGAUUGUUUUUUUUGGUAUGGCAGUAUACCUUGUCAGUCUACAUUUUAGUGUCACACUUCUCCUCUACAAAUGUAGUCAUUAUACUGAACAAAAAUAUACACUAUUGUUUGUUUUCCUGAUAUUUUACCUCUCUUUGACAGGACUGUAUUCAAACUUUGAUGAGCCAAUGGUGCACAAACUGUGUGUCAGAAGUCUACAAUGUGGAUUAGGGAGCAUGGACUACAUACAUAGUCUGCUAAUUAUGGACGAUGACAAUGAUAGUGACACUGAGAGUGAGCAUUUUGAUGUGUACAGAGAAACCCCACAGGAGUCUGAAUCCACUGAUAGCCAACAUGCUUCAGCAGUUGCGGGACCAGCACCUAACCCUUCUGCUGCAUCAAACUCACUUCCCUGGUGUAAAUGUAGUUUUUGUAUUGUUGUGGUCAGAGAAGAUGUGUUACAACAUUUGCAAGGUUCAGCAAGCUUUGUCUCGACCCAGAUGUGUUAGAAAUCGAGCAGCAGCACAGUGAUGAUAACAGUACACAAGGGCCUUCAGGAAGGCUGCAUACAGGCAAUUUAUUCUUGAUCGUUAUGGACAUCUAG